AUGUCGAGUUCGAAGGCUUAUUUUCGUCACAUUGGUCACUUACUAAAACGCGCCUCUCUUGAAAUGCGUCGGGUCAUCUCACAACCGAUGCCAGAUCCCCCAGACAAUAUCGACUCCCCUCACCCACUGAAACCCCCAACAGAUUCUGACGAUUUUCUCUCAGAUUGGUGGAUUGAUCCUCCGCAGACAGAGUUCAGCUUGUCUGAUGAACUGCUUAAGGGCAUGGAAUCAAUCGUCACCUGUCGACAAUGCACCUUCGCCAUUCUUUCACGACUUCUACCCGAAGAUCCAAGACAAUGUCAAAAGGAUCAAAUUCUUAAUCGGAUUCAAGAAGUAGAGACUCGUGCAGUGGUGUUCCUCACAUUGCCGCCCACCAAUACGGGAGGUUGGGAGGAUGUAGAGAUGGUUGACAGAGUCAACUCCAUCUUUACACGUUUCCUAGAGGAUGCUGAGGCAUGUUUGGCAGACGCCAACGCCCUUCUCAAGGGGAAGACCGUGCAGAAGGCGCCAAAAGCUGCUCAACCUACUCCUCCACUACCUUCCAAAUCGGAUCUGCCAAAAGAUCUGCUAAUCUCGGGGUUCUGUCAAAAUGAUGCUCUGGCGAUUAACAACACGACAAAUAACUCCCUAUUCCACCUGCUCUCAAAUCCUGAUCUUCGAGUUGCAACGUCACUGGUUAAGAUGAUCAUAGGGUCUGCCUGCAGUCAGAUUACAGGGAGCGAUCCAGAUCACUGCCUUAACCGGCUGAACUAUCUCCUAGCCUUCUUCGAGGGCGCACCGGUGCGUCCGCCAGGUGCGGCAGCCGAGGUCUUCCGUCUGCCCCAGGACAUGGGCACGGCCUUCGCGUGGCACUGCCUUCUGAACGCUGCGCUAGCCCAGGCCGAACGCCAAUUCGCCUUCUCACUACAUAGCGUUCUUCCUUUUGCUGCCGUUCUGGCCACACUCCUUGCUCGGUAUCCUGAGUAUAUACCCAACUUCCUUGCACGAAUGGCGUCAGCGUGUCCUGUACUCACAUCCUACGUCGAUGACUCCGCCACCAUCUUCGCCUCACUCGAUGUGGAGUUGGACGAGGGUGUACUGCAGAGCUGGCGUGGCAUCUCCCGGCUCUUUGCCGCUGUUCUGCUGGCUCGGCCACCUCCUGGGUUCACUCACCGUCCAGAGCAUCUCAAUCCCAAACUCCUCUGGAUCACUAUAGCUGGCAUUGCCAGACAUGAGGGAAAGCUCGAUAUCACUUCUGAGGUUCUGCACGGCUUGAUUGAGGUUGGAGGCUACGUAUUGCUUCAGCUCUACCAGCGUCAGGCCCGAAGACUAUUCAAGAGCCUCAUCGAUGCUGUCGGCGAUUCGCAGUCGGUGUCACAGCUGGCGCUGAUUACAUGCCUAGAACAGCUCCUCGACCCUACUACGGCCACCGAAAAUGGGCAUGGAGUACUUCUGGAUGACUUUUGGAAUUGA